CCGCAGCACAAAAUAGUAGUUUUGACCCACUACCGUACCCUAUCGAUACCCACAAUCUAUCAUAUCCCUCCACACACCACAACACCACCACAUCCACAUCUGCGACCACUUACCCUACCAUUUACUCAGUCCCCCUACCCCCCCGCCUCCAAAGCCCCACACACACCUCCACAUACCCCGGAUCCCCAACUCCAGGCACGCACACCCUACAUAUAACCACCAUGUCAAAUCCAAUCUACGCUUAUAGAGAAUACCUCCACCUCCUCCCGCACCUCUUCUUCGUAAAAGUCGAGAAGCAAUUCCUUAGCGAGGGUUGCGUAGCCUGCGACGACACACUCACUCGCCAACUCUUUGAGUGCAACACGUGCACCCUGCGUCUGUGCGAGCCUUGUAGGGACCGGAUUGUGGAUAGGUACCACAUGGGCUCGCUGACAAAGUUGAUACAAAACGUGGCGAGCUGGAAGUUGAGAUAUCAGAGCCCGAUAGGGCUUGGACAGCAGCAGUGGUCGGAGCAAAUUGGGGGAGGAUUAGAUAUGAACCCCCAAACAGUGAUCAUGAUGAUGCAGGGGGAACAUGGACAACAGCAAUUGCAACACCAACACCGAUUUCAAAUUAACCAUCAGCAACAGCAGCAAGAACUUCAGCGGGCGCAGCAACAGCAACAGCAGGAGGACCUGGAAGAGCAGCAGAUGAUGUUGCAGAUGGACGGCGGGUUAAGGACCCAACGAAAAUUUCUGGAAAUGAUGCAGAAGAUUCAGAGUGAGAUCGAGAUGGAGGCGGAGCUGGAGAGUAUGAAUAACGUGUCGGGUGGGAUGAGGGGGAGGGGUCCAAUGGACAGGAGUAGCUGAUGGGUGGUGGGAUCGCUUACUUUCUUGCUUCCGGGGUGAAGUGGAAGGAAGUUCUAACGGUUAUGGUGCUAGUGGUACUAGUACUAUACUUUCCGCUCCUCGCUGGGCAUCUCUGUUUCCUUUCCCUUUCCUUUCUCUUCUCUCUUCUCUUCUCUUCCCUUUUUUUCUUUCUCCUUUGGUUGAGCGGUGGUACGGAGUUCGGCGGCACGGCUACAGGGGUUCUAUUUUAUUCAUUUUUUCUCCUCUACUUUUUAAAAGGUCUUGUUUUCCCUUGUCAGGCUCUAGCUUAAAGAACCGUAUUUGGAGCGCUAAGUUAACAUGGAGUUAUGAUUAUUCUCAGAUCAUAUUUCGCAAAAAAAAAUUAAUCGAGAGUUAAUUUUG